GCGAUCUCCGGAAAUGUUUCCAGCUUGACGGGUGAGGAGCUGAGAGGAGCUGAGGUCGAGAAUCAGCGGCAGGUUGCUCCCCUCUCACCACAAGCAGGGGACAAUUUAAACUUUUUUUUUUAAAUCUCGUAUUGUGAAUCACCUCCACACGGACCCUUUCUAUUUUAUCUGGCGCAGCCUCAGAGCAACUUGCCAUGAGCAUCACACGGCUGGAGACCUAAAACAGUCGGGUCUGGAAGAGGGGAGAAGAUGCCUCAUGGACCGCUCCAUCACCGCCAGUGCGCCAAUUCAGGGCAUCCCAAACGCCGAAUAACAAAGAAAUGCCGAGGUUUAGCGUCAGAUGGAUGGUUGCGGUGCUGCUGACUUUAGUGGUCGGUGGCGCUUUCUUCUUCUGCGAGUUUCUCAUCUACUACCCGACCAUCCUCAAGUGCGCCUGGCCGAAGAUCAGCCAUGCACGGGGCGGAGAGGGCAUCGACGGCCAGCCGAUGGACUCAACGGUCCGCGCUAUGGUGCUGUCGGACACCCACCUCCUCGGAGCCGUCGGGGGACACUGGUUCGACAAGCUGAGGAGGGAAUGGCAGAUGGAGAGGGCUUUCCAGACAGCUCUGUGGCUGCUCAGGCCCGAAAUAGUGUUUAUUCUCGGGGACAUCUUCGACGAAGGCAAGUGGAGCUCGCAGAAGCACUGGGAGGACGAUGUGCGCCGCUUCCACAGGAUGUUCAGACACACCACUGACACAGAACUGGUUGUGCUGGUUGGAAAUCACGACAUUGGAUUCCAUUAUGAGAUGGACUGGUUCAAGCUGCAGCGCUUCGAGAAGGUCUUCAACGCUUCCUCCACCAGGAUCGUCACCAAAAAGGGAGUCAAUUUUCUGCUGGUGAACAGUGUGGCCCUGCAUGGCGACGGGUGUCCCAUCUGCCAGUCGGUGGAGAAGGAGCUGAUCAAACUCUCCAGAGACCUCAACUGUUCUCUUCAGAACUCUCAGUCCAGCAGCGGAGUGACGGACAGCUGUGAGGGCUCGCAGCUCUAUCCUCCCACACCGCCCAUCAUGUUACAGCACUAUCCUCUGUACAGAGUGAGCGAUGCCGGCUGCACAGGAAUGGAUGCUGCACCGCCUGAAGAGCGACACCUGCUGUUCAGAGAGAAGUAUGACGUGUUGUCUAAGGAGGCCUCACAGAGGCUACUGCAGUGGUUUAAGCCCCGCCUCAUCCUGAGCGGGCACACCCACAGCGGAUGUGAGGUUCUCCAUGACAACAAGUACCCAGAAAUCAGCGUGCCGUCCUUCAGCUGGAGGAACAGAAACAACCCCAGCUUCAUCCUGGCGUCGGUGUCACCGGGCAGCUACACUCUGUCCAAGUGUUUCCUGCCGGAGGAGAGCACGGUGAUCAGCGUUUACUGCUCGGCCGGCGCCUGCCUGCUGCUGCUGUUCCUGGCUCACUGUUUGUGGAUGAAAGGCCUGCUGCAGUGUCUCAGCCUCUGCCUACUGGGGAAGCACAAGUCUCUGUGAACUACGUUACCCAGAGCGCACCACAUCCCAGCGCAGAGCCCAUGAAGGAGAGUUCACUGUAGUUGGUAAACACCUGAUGUGAGGAUUUGCAAAUGUGACAUUCCUCUUCUGAACGGGUCAGAAAUCUGUUCAUACAACCUCGAUUUGUUUGUCCGAAUGUUUUGCGACACUGUGAAGGACAUGAAUAUAUAUAUAUAUUUUAAAUGUCUUUAAAGGACCAAAUGUUUAUCACUACUGAUGAUGAUGAUGAAGAACAUGUGGGCCAAAUUGCUGUUACAAACCAUCACUUGUGUUUGUUUACCUUCCUUGCGAGUGCCAAACAGGUGGAGCUUAAUGCAUUACCAGAAUGAAGAAUCAGGAAGUUUUCAGUCACAGAAGAGUCACUAACUUUACAAAAGCUGGCUGAAUCAUUAUGAAGGAAACACACGUGGCAUUAAGAGAGACCAAUCAAACAAGUACAUAUGUAAAUACUAACCUUCUGUGGUCUGAAUUAAGGUGGUAAAGUCAGAUGGUGGUUUAUUGUUGACUGUGAUCUGAUGUAAACACACUGAUCGUCUCACACUCUGAACACUGUUUAUGUUAUUGAUGUCCAAUAAUGUUUUUAUGAUGCAUAUCUGAAUCUAUUUAUUGCUGACUUUCUGUGCCAAAUGUUUGUGAGGGUUUUUGCCAAAUUGUGAAAACGUUUCUGAGGAAUUGUAGAUCAUAAAUCAGAAUCUUAGGGUCUGUUUUAGAGAGUUAUAGUGUAGACUAGAGGUCGAUGUCCACUAUGGCUCGGUAUAAUCUAUCACCUGAAGCCAUGUCACUCUGUGGAUGAAAUGUUAAAUAUUAUGGGAUGUUAAAACCUGGGGAGUGGCAGCAGAGAUGGACACGUUGUGGAAAUAUAAUGAAUGUGAUUUAAACACAAAUAUGUGUUUGCAAAUGCAAAAUCAUGUUGAAUAAAAAAGAAUACAUAUAAAUAUUGGACAUGUUCCUGAUACUGAGAUACAGUCCUCUUUUCACAUUUGACUUGUCUUAAAGCUUAAAAAAUCUUGUUCUUUUCUUUAGGGUUGGAAAAUUUGAAAAUGUAUACUGUGAGAUAUAAAUGUGUCAGCUUCUGACAUUUCAUAAUGUGCUGGCACUCACUAAUAUCUCUGUAAUAGGCCAUAUUUGUAAUAUGCAAUGUUGCCAAUCAAUGAGCAAUAUUGGAUUUUUAUGAUCUUUGCAUCAAUAUGAUGAAGUACUUGAUUUUUCAGGUAUCUAAAUAACUGGAUUAUUCAAGAAUAUGGCUGCAACUGACAGUUAUAUUCGUUAUCAAUUAAUCAAUCGGUUCUUUUUGUCUGUAAAGAAUCCUCACAUUUGAGAAGUUAAAAACCUUCCAUCAUUAACAAGUUAUUAAUUAGUCACCAAAUAAUUGUUUGAUGAACUAACUGAUUACUCAAACAACUGAUUACUCAAACAAACCUGUAAAGCUAAAAAAACCCAACUGUCAAUACAUUUGUAUAUAUGAUACAUAUAGUUAUGUAAAAUUAUACAUAUCCUGAUGGGAUCACUUUCUCCAUAUUGUGCACUCCUGAUCUUCUUUGUGCCUGAGACAGAUCUAAUCUGGAAAAUAGGUCAAAGAUAUUAACCUGGAU